AUUUGUACAUAUUUGAAUAAUGAAGUUUUAUUUAAUAUUAUGUUGCAUACUAUGGGGGUCAAAAAGUUACAAACUUUUAUUCAUGUGCCCCAUGCCAUCUCCCAGUCAUUUCUUCUUAAUUUUACGUUUGGCCUAAGAAUUUGCAAACUGAAGACACCAAGUCACUGUUAUUAGUCCUUUUCCUCAGAAAACACCAAUUGAAAAUUAACGAGAUAUCCCAAUUUUGAAAGUAAUAGAUUUGUUUGAAGAAAUAAAAAAAGUUUGUUUCAUAUUGUUGACAGAGACCCUCUUGACAAUUUAAAUCAUAUUUAUAAUGCAGAUCUUGGAGCCACAACACAAAUUCUCGAAAAUAAAAACAUACAAAAUUUGAUUAAUUCGAAUAAGACUCUUGAUGCUUUUAUCAUUGAGCAGAUUACAUCAAAGGCUUUGUUAGAAAUCAGUCACCGAUUUGGUGCUCCUAUAAUACUAAUGUCGGGUUUUGGUACCACAAGUUUGCUCAAUUAUUUUGUUGCAAACCCUGAGCCUUCAUCCUAUGUGUGGAAUGUCGUAAUGAAGCCGUCAACAACGUAUAAAAAAUUUUGGGACAGAUUACUAAAUUUUGUCUUAAGCAACUAAAUAUGUUGAUUUUAUGAGAGAGCAAUAUUUCCUGCCUAAACAUAGAAAACUUUUCAAAAAAUAUUUCAAUUCAGAUGUUGAUGAAUUGGAUGAAAUAAUAUAUAAUGUUAGUUUAAUUUUGGGGAAUUUAGAUGUUAAUUUAUACAAAGCUGUGCUCCAAGUACCCAAUAUUAUCAAUAUUGGAGGAUUUCAUGUGGGUUAAUUGAAAAAACUACCAACGAUUUGCAAAGUUUCCUCGACAAUUCAAAAAACGGAGUAAUACUCUCUUUGGGAUCCAAUUUGAAAGUUCAGAUUUAAAACCUGAAAUAAGAGACGCUUUUUUAAAUGCUUUCUCUAACAUUAAGCAAAACGUGUUAUGGAAAUUUGAGAAUAAACAGUUAGAGAAACAGUUAGAAAUGUGAAAAUUAUGGAAUGGUUGCCGCAACAGGAAGUUUUAGACUGUUGGUGACCAUGAUGUUACUCUCAUUAUUAUUAUUUCUAAGUGUUUUACACAACAAUGUCAGAAGUUCAAAAAUUUUAGUAAUUUCUUCAAUGCCUGCUCAUAGUCACUACACUUUGGCAUUCCGUUUAGCUAAAGAACUAGCCGAUAGGGAACACCACGUGACUUUCAUGAAUCCUUAUCCUCAAAAAACAGUGAUAAAAAACCUCAGAGAAGUUUCACUUGAAGAUACAGUUCCAUGGGUCAACGAAUUUAAGAAAACCCUAUUUAUUAGUCCUAAAACCUUAUUUUCAAACAUACAAGAAAGCUGUGUCUUGGGAGGAGGAACAACUGAAUACGCACUAAACAACACAAACGUACAGAAAUUAUUAACUUUAGAAAAAAUGUUCGAUGUUGUCAUUUUAGAACAUUUUCUAAAUGAAGCUUUGUUGGGGAUUGCACAUUAUUUUAACAGCCCUGCAAUUUUACUAGAACCUAUACCAACGAGUAAAAAGACAAACUACUUAUUUGCAAACCCUAGUCCAUCCUCUUAUGUACCCGAUCUUUUAGGAACCUUUACAAAGCAUAUGAAUUUUUGGCAACGACUUCAAAAUUUUAUUUCAAAUAAUUUCGACGAUGUUUUAAGAGAAUUUGUAUACCUACCAGUGCAAAGAAAAUUGUUUAACAAAUAUUUUAAAACUGACAUUCACCUUGACGAUUUAUUAUAUAAUAUUAGUUUGAUCUUAACAACAUCACACCCAAGUAUCAAUGAUGCGAUACCACACACCCCAAAUACUGUCGAAAUUGGAGGCUAUCACAUCUUUCUUCCUAAAACACUUCCUCAGGAUUUACAAAAUUAUCUGGAUAAUGCCUCUGAGGGUGUCAUUUUGUUUUCAAUAGGAUCUAACUUGAAAAGCAAAGACUUGACCUUGAAAGUGAGAAAAGCAAUCCUUAACUCAUUUUCAAAAAUUAACCAAAAGGUUUUGUGGAAAUUUGAAACUGAUCUACCAGAAGCACCGAAAAAUGUUAAGAUUAUGAACUGGUUGCCCCAACAAGAUAUCAUUGGGCAUCCAAAUAUUCGAGCUUUUAUCACUCAUGGAGGUCUACUAAGCACAACAGAAGCGGUUUAUUACGGAGUUCCGAUAAUCGGAAUUCCAGUUUUUGGUGAUCAAAAAAGCAACAUUGCGGCAGCUGUAAGCAAUGGCUAUGCAAUUGAAGUGCCUUUAGCGAAACUGACAGAGGAAAUGUUGUCGGAAGCAUUAAACGAGAUAUUGAAUAUCCCAAAAUACAAAGAAAAUGUACAGAAGCGAUCUAAACUGAUGCAUGACCAGCCUCUGAAACCUAUUGAUUUAGCUAUUUAUUGGAUAGAGUACGUGAUUAGACAUAAAGGCGCUCCACAUUUGAGAUCAGCAGGACUUGAUUUGAAAUGGUACCAGAGAGAAAUGAUUGAUGUUAUUGCGUUUCUUAUUGCUUGUGUAGCAGCAAUAUUGACAGUAGUCUACAUAACUAUUAAAAAAGUAAUAUGUAAGAGAAAAUCAGUCAAAAAAACAAACAAACUUAAAAAAAAUAAACUGACAUUUUAA